AUGUCGAGUCCCAAAGUCGAUUGUUCGCAAUGGAUGGAACUGAAUGACUUCAGUAGUUACAUCCGCCUUCUCGCCUCCAAGACCCAAUUCAAGAAGGAUAAUCUGGAAGUCUGCCAGAACGAGAUAUGUACUGCGGUAUACGGCACAGGCAAUCCUGACAUAUCUGGUAUUGGAGUUGCCAUCGGUUAUGUUCUUGAGAUCACACUCAGUGUUUUCUUGUCCCUUGCAGUCAUUGUACUUAAGCAAAGCGAAAAAACCAGCCAGUGGCAUCGUAUUGCAAAAACCGGCCUGGCAGCUUUCGUUGACUCAGCCGCAUACUUUGCUCUCUCAUUGCAGCUUGCGACAAUCGCGGUGCUUGUACGCAAAGAUUACGGAAUCAGUACCGCAGAUCUGGGCGCCAUCGAAGCUCGCAUCUCUCAAACUGUGGCCGUGGUGAGCAUGAUGCCACUCUUGUAUCCUGUUGCUCUCUUAGAGCCAAGAACGAAAACAUGCCCGAGGGACAAUGUGAAGCACAAUGCCAGAUUACUGUUGUUAAGUUUAAUAAUAGCCCUGUCAUUCUACCCCUUCCUAUCGAGAUGCAUACAUGCUUUCGACGUCAGUCCGAUCGGCAAUGGCGAAGGGUCAGAGGUAUCGUCGACCAACUGGAGCGCUAUCGAAGAUAUGUGUUUUCCCCAAGAGUACAGACACCUGGGAGAGACUAUGACCUAUCGGUCUUUGAACGGGUUAGAACUUACUGCCUCCCUGAUCGCAUACCUAUUCUCAUUCUGGCUCCUUGCCGGCCUUCCCAAAACACACCCCCAUCUCAACGAGAAGGCACAAGAAGGUCAAGAAUCAGGGGUUGAGCCUUCUUGGCGAGAGCUAGUCAAUGUGUGGUUUAGUGACAGGCCAGUUGCUGCCAUGGUACCUCUCUUUGUGGUUGUUGGCUUGUCUGUACCGUUGCUGUCGGUGAUCUUCACUUUGAGGAAAGUUCAGGGGAAUAUGUCUGAGAACAUGGGACAGGAAUAUGCUGGAAAUGAAUGGGGUUUUGGCCAAAUUAUUUCUAUUAUUCUGUUCAUCCCUGUUGCAGUUGAUAUGGGAUACCAAUGGAGGUUCGGGCUAGCAUACGAGCAGUAA